ACCGUCUGAUUCGUUUGUACAGUUACAGUAUAACCUGUGAUUGAAAAAAAAAAAAAUAAAUAAAAAACAUCUCUUCUUCUCUCUCUCUCUCGCAAUCGAUCUCAACCAACGCCAAUCCAAUUAAAAAUUAUUGUAAAUGUAAAAACCUAAUAAUAGAGUUUUUCUGGAUUUUCACGAAGGAAUUGCAUCGCCAGUUGCCUUUUCUAUCCAAACUAUAAAUAAAAUAUGUCCAAUUACCAAGCGGAGGAGGAUGCUGCGUACAUGGACCAUGUUGAUGAUGAUAUGGAAGAUGUAGACGAUGAUCUAGAUGACAACUUUCAUGGUGAUGACAUGGCUGCAUCUGACUCCGAUGUCGACGAGUUUGACUACUCUAGUAAUAAAAUAGCAGAUACUUCAGCUGAGCAAGCCCGUAAAGGCAAAGACAUCCAGGGUAUUCCUUGGGAUAGGCUUAGCAUUACCAGAGAGAAAUACAGACAAACUAGACUAGACCAGUAUAAAAACUACGAAAAUGUCCCUAACUCUGGUAAUUCCUCCGGGAAAGAUUGCAUGGUUACACAAAAAGGGGCCAUCUUUUAUGAUUUCUGGCGGAAUUCAAGAUCUAUCAAAUCAAGUAUCCUCCAUUUCCAGUUGAGGAAUUUGGUAUGGGCAACUUCUAAGCAUGAUGUGUACCUCAUGUCACAAUUUUUAGUGAGCCAAUACUCUACUUUGACUUCUGGAAAGCAUGAAAUUCUCAAUGUUCAAGGCCAUGUUUCCCCAUCCGAGAAACAUCCUGGAAGUUUGCUGGAGGGAUUUACGAAGACUCAAGUGAGUACGCUUGCAGUUAAAGAUAAAUUCUUAGUUGCUGGUGGAUUUCAAGGAGAACUUAUAUGCAAGCAUCUUGAUAGACCUGGUGUGAGCUUCUGUUCCCGUACAACCUAUGACGAUAAUGCUAUCACCAAUGCAAUUGAGAUUUAUAACAAACCCAGUGGUGCACUUCAUUUCACUGCCUCAAAUAAUGAUUGUGGAGUCAGAGACUUUGAUAUGGAGACAUAUCAGCUUGUUAACUACUUUCGCUUUCCUUGGCCAGUCAAUCACAUAUCUAUGAGCCCUGAUGGUAAAUUAUUGACUAUUGUGGGAGACAACCCGGAGGGUCUUCUCGUAGACCCCAACACUGGAAAGACACUGGAAACGCUAGCAGGACAUUUGGACUUUUCCUUUGCAUCAGCAUGGCACCCAGAUGGGCUCACGUUCUCUACAGGUAACCAAGACAAGACCUGUCGGGUUUGGGACAUUCGUAACCUGUCUAAAUCUGUUGCUGUCUUGAGGGGUAACCUUGGAGCAAUCCGAUCUAUCCGCUACACAUCUGAUGGGAAAUACAUGGCCAUGGCUGAGCCGGCUGACUUUGUCCAUGUCUACGAUGUCUCGAAGGGGUAUGAAACAGAGCAAGAGAUCGAUUUCUUUGGGGAGAUAUCGGGAAUUUCCUGCAGCCCUGACACGGAAGCGCUCUUCAUCGGUGUUUGGGACCGUACUUAUGGUAGUCUCCUUGAGUAUGGCCGCCACCACAACUACUCCUACCUCGAUUCAUUUAUGUAACCGUUCGAGCCAUCAGAAGAAUAAAAGAGCUUACCACAUGCCUGGUAUACACUUGCGUCCAAAUAAAAACAUUAUAAUCAAAUCUCCAAUGGUGUAAAUGAUGUGUUGUGCAAGUACUAGGGGUUUUCACAGAUAGUCUAUUUAGUUAGCUUUUGAGUGUUGACUGUUGAGGUUCGUGUAUUUGUACAUAAGUGUUUGAGUUUCAGCUUGAGUUUGCAUAAACUCUUUACUCUGGAUAGACCAGGAUGAAACAACACGAUCGCCUGUAGCUUAGUAUUUGGCUAUAAUCCAUUGUUAGGGACUCGUUUUCAUCCUUUUCUGCUGAUUUUGUGUUGUAUUCUAUUGGAUUGUAAACUUGUAUGGAUUAAAUUGAACGUUAAUAGAGUAGGGUCUUAUAA